CGGCAGCCACGCGCGGCUGGCCGCGAGCCGCCGGGACGCUGUCGGUGCGGCCGUUAGCCGCUGGCUCGGGGAGCGAGCGCUGAGGGAGCCCGGCGGGCAGCGGAGCGGGCGGCGGAGCGGGCUCAUGGCCGCGUCAGACCGGAUGGUGCUGGCACCGCUGGUGGGCUCCAUCGAUCAAGGCACCAGUUCCACUCGUUUCCUGGUUUUUAAUGCAAAGACAGCAGAGCUCUUGAGUCACCAUCAAGUUGAGAUACAACAGAAAUUCCCUAGAGAAGGAUGGGUGGAGCAAGAUCCAAAGGAAAUAUUAAAGUCUGUCCAUGAAUGCGUGGAAAGGACGUGCGAGAAACUUCAACAACUGAACAUACCCAUCACUAACAUAAAAGCCAUUGGAGUCAGCAAUCAGAGAGAAACAACAGUGGUUUGGGACAAGACAACUGGAGAACCUCUUUAUAAUGCCAUUGUAUGGCUUGACCUGAGAACCCAGUCAACAGUUGAACGGCUUCUUAAAAGAAUUCCAGGAAAAAACAAAACCUUUUUUAAGUUUAAGACUGGUCUUCCACUUAGCACUUACUUUAGUGCAGUGAAACUCCGAUGGCUUUUGGAUAAUGUGGAAGAGAUUAAGCAUGCAGUUGAUGAGGGAAGAGCUAUGUUUGGGACUAUUGAUUCGUGGCUUAUAUGGAGUUUGACAGGUGGAAAGAAUGGAGGUGUUCACUGUACAGAUGUAACCAAUGCCAGUAGAACAAUGUUGUUCAACAUUCAUUCCUUGGAAUGGGAUCCUGAGCUCUGCCAGUUCUUUGAUAUUCCUAUGGAAAUACUUCCCAAAGUACGAAGCUCCUCUGAGAUAUAUGGUCUGAUGAAAAUCUGUCCUAGCCUGAAAUCUGGAGCUUUGACAGGUGUACCAAUUUCUGGGUGCUUGGGUGACCAGUCUGCUGCUCUUGUCGGGCAAAUGUGCUUUCAAGAUGGUCAGGCAAAAAAUACGUAUGGAACAGGUUGUUUCUUGCUGUGCAAUACAGGACAGAAGUCUGUAUUUUCUGAGCAUGGUCUUCUAACCACAAUAGCUUACAAACUGGGCAGAGACAAACCUGUUUGUUAUGCACUAGAGGGAUCUGUUGCAAUUGCUGGUGCUGUUGUUCGCUGGCUGAGGGACAAUCUAGGUAUUCUUAAGUCUUCACAGGAAAUUGAAAAACUGGCUGCGGAAGCAGGGACUUCUUAUGGCUGCUACUUUGUGCCAGCAUUUUCAGGACUGUAUGCACCAUACUGGGAACCCAGUGCAAGGGGUAUCAUCUGUGGCCUUACUCAGUUUACAAACAAAAACCACAUCGCCUUUGCUGCACUAGAAGCAGUCUGCUUUCAAACACGAGAGCUUUUAGAUGCUGUAAACAAGGACUGUGGGAUACCACUAAGUCAGCUACAAGUAGAUGGGGGAAUGACCAAUAACAAAGUCCUCAUGCAGCUCCAAUCAGACAUUCUCUGUAUUCCAGUAGUAAAGCCAUCAAUGCCUGAAACAACAGCUCUAGGAGCUGCUAUGGCAGCAGGAGCUGCAGAAGGUGUUGGAAUUUGGAGUCUGAAUCCUGGAGAUUUGACAGCAGUGACAUGUGAACGAUUUGAACCACAGAUCAACCCAGAGGAAAGUGAAUUUCGCUAUGCCAGAUGGAAGAAAGCUGUGAUGAAAUCUAUGGGCUGGGAGACGUCUGAAAGUCCUUCAAAUGGUGACCCUAGUAUCUUCUCUAGUCUGCCUUUGGGGUUUUUUAUUAUGAGUAGCAUGAUAAUGUUUAUCGGAGCAAAGUACGCCUCAGGUUCUGGUAAAUGAGACUACUUAGUGGACUCUAUGGAAGCAGCUGCAUUUCUUUUUGUUUCAUUUUGGUUUAUUGUCUGAAGAGAUUCCAGCACCAGUGUGAUUAUACUACUUGUGUGACUAAAUCCAUUCAUGAAUCCAUCUGUUGCCGGUCCCUGAGUAACCUCCCAGUGGUGCACUGAAACUUAAGUCUUCAGCCCUUCGUUACUCUCCUCCUUUCCCCAUGAACUCCAGCCACUCUGGAGGCCUUUGCAUGGACUAUCUCUCAUCAUCCUCUCAAAUUUCACAAGCCCUAGGUUUGUUUGAGAACGUUGGUAUAAGAAAACCCUGGAAUUUCUGAGGUGAUGUCAGAUAUUUAGCCAUCCUUUUCAGGCUCUUGGUACUUUAUACAACACACUAUAGGUGGUUAAUGAUGCACUGUAAAUCUUUGUAAACAUCUUACAACUCUUCCAGCUCCUGCUGAUAACCUUUCAUAUGUCUAUGGUUGCCAAAGAUGUUUUCAUAUAGUGACCACUAGUCUGAAACACCUUCAGUGGUACAAAUCUUUCAAACACUAGCUCAAAAUAUGUUAUCAGCAACAGACAUUGCUACUGGUUUGGCAAUGAAGAGGUUACUGCUGUGGUCCACAGAGUACUGUCGAAAUGGUCAAUGACAGGGUUGAAAAGCUGGGUUGCCUGCUGGCCUAAGUAGUCGGUUUGCCCAUUAUAAGUAUUCAAGACACUAAGUUCUGUAGCUAUACCUUUAGAAACAGGAGUAAACAGAUGUUCUGGGCAAGGUCAUGUUUGAUGCUGUACUCUUGUGUUAGUUUGGAAAGACAAAUUUGAUGCAGAGUGCUGUUGACAGGACAGCUUUUUGAUCCUCAGCAGCUGGUGACUCUUAAAAUUACUCUGUACAAUGCACUUUUCUUGACUAAUCCUGCAUAUAUUUUGUCAUCCUGCCUAGGGAUAUUUGAUUGACUAUUUGUUACAUUUUCGAAAGUUGAAACUAACUUAGUUUUCCUUACAAAGGGUCCACUCCAAAUUAAAUAUCAGUACUUUAGUUCUUGAUCUCAUUUAGCAUAUCUCAGGGACCAACAUUUCCCUUUCAAUUUCCAUGUCCGUUGUUGCAAAAUAGGCUGGGACAACCCAAAAGCUUGGCUUGGAAGAGCAAGCUCUUAGCAACUGAAACAGGCCACUGGAAUUUCACAGGCAAACUGUGUGACCACUGAGUUGCUUUUGCUUUGAAACUUUUUGUCCUCCACAGGUGAAGGAGACAAUAAUCUUUGUCCUCCACAGGUGAAGGAGACAAUAAUCUUUCAGCUUUCCUGUUUGUACCAACAGCAUGAUAAAUGCCAGCCUUGAUUGGUUAGGUCGCAGAAGAUGUGGGCUUGUAUCAUGUUAUUAGCUGAGUAUAGAAUGAUAGUGAGGUUCAAUGUGGGAACAAGGUGGAGAAUUUCAAAGCUGUGUUCAAAUGCACUAGGAGUUAAAGGGAGCUGUGUUUUUGUCUGUGUUUGUUCUUCAAAGAUUUUUGUCUUUGCAAGUUUGUUUCUCUUUGUUAAACUUUGUAGGCUUAGUUUCAAAACAAAAAGUUGUUCAAUGUGCAGAGAUUGCACAGAAGUUCAGGUUUCUACAAUAUUUAAUAGCAAAUCCAUAUUAAUUGCCUUUUUAUUAUUCAAGUGCAAUGACCUUUGAAAAUGUGACUUUUAAGAAGUUAGAGAAGGAAUGUUUUUCAUCCUCUGGUUGCAUGUAUAAAUCAAACAGAGGAGAUUUUUCUAUACAGGUGGAAAUAUAAAUAUCAUUCAAAUCCUGUAUCUCCUGUAAAUACUCACAUGUGAGGUGUGGCUACUAAAAUUUCAAGGAGUUUCCAGUUUGCUUUGGAGAGGUGAAGAAUGAGUGAAAAAUGGACAUGAACCCAUAGAAAUCCAAUCUUUAGACUCUUCAGUCUUACGCGAAGCUGUUGCUGAUACCACUUUACCCCGAGGAACACGAGUAACAGCAGCCUUUGGAGCACACAGGGUAAGGGCAGCACACAUCUCAGACACUGCACUUCUGAGGAUGACUUCUUGCCAAAAGCACUGAAGUACUGAACCUGGGAAUGAUUAAUGUUGAAGUGUCGCCUUUGCCAAUGAUGUAAGGUAGCACACAGUUAAGUAGAAGAGAGAUUUUUUUGCUGCUUUUCUGACUUAUCUUUUUUCUGAGAAACACAAUUCCUAUUACUUUUUCACUGAGCAAAAAAAAACCAAACCCAAAUCAUUAUUUUAUUUUCAAUUGCUGUUGCAAAUAUUUUUUAUGAAUUUCACACCACUGUUAUAACUUUCUACCAACAUAGAUAAAGUUUAUUGUAAACUGCGUGUUGGGGGGAGGGGACAAAAUCUUUAAAGUUAGCUUUUUUGUGAAGCUGUGAUUUAUUUUUUUUCUAUAAAUUGCCAGAUUUAUAAAUUCUUACUUGAGAAAUGUAUUAAUUUGGUAUUAAAAUACCACACAUGAACUGA